AUGGAUUUAUCCUCGCCGGUUGUCAGGAGUGAAGAUAUAUACAGGACCUAUUGGCUCUAUUGGCGUCUGUUAGGUGUGGAGCGGAAACAUGCGAUUCGUUAUAUACUCGAUAUCCUUAUCACAAUCUUUUUUACCUUCUGGUAUCCGAUUCAUUUGAUUGCGGGACUGUUUUAUGAGACAAAAUUGGGAGAUGUGUGCAAGGGAUUACCAAUCACGGCGGCCUGUUUAUUUGCCAGCUUCAAAUUUGUCUGCUUUCGCUGCCAUAGCACUAUGCAUCUCUCGCAAUUUGGACAAUUUAUCGCGAGUGGCAUCAGCAUUUCCAUUACGCUCGUCAACAUUCUGUUCUUUGCGGAAAACAAUUUCGCUAUGGCCUACUACGGCGUUUACUUUGUGGCGAUGCUCGUGGAGCUGUUUCCCAGCUGCUACUACGGGACUCUGAUUUCUGUGGAGCUCAAUCGACUGACGGAUGCCAUCUUCUCCAGCAAUUGGGUGGGAAUGGAUCGCGGAUACUGUCGCACUCUGCUGAUAUUCAUGCAACUGACUCUGGCGAAGGUGGAGCUCAAGGCGGGCGGAAUGAUUGGCAUUAGUUUGAACGCAUUCUUUGCCACCAUACGAUUGGCCUACUCCUUCUUUACCCUGGCCAUGUCGCUGCGAAAAUGA